AUGCUCUGCAAGAGCAAGUGCAAUGGAGAUAUCUCUGAAGACUGUGGUAAUGCCAAGCAUGCUCUAGUGUAUAUUUACGACACUGUAGUCCAAGAUCCGAACGCUUGCGACAAUCGUACAUUGUGCAAUGCUGAUCUCGACCAUGGUGUAUGUGUGGACAUGGCCCCUGAUAGUAACAAUUUCCUCUGUAAAUGUAAUCCCCAGUAUACCGGAACCAACUGCGAAACACGGAUAUCCGGACCAUGUGACAGCAAUCCGUGUUUGAAUGAUGGAGUUUGCAAACCCGACUAUGUCUUGAAGACUUAUACAUGCGAAUGUGUGGCUGGGUAUUCCGGGAAAAAAUGCGAAUAUGCACCUCAGUGUGGCACGAACCCUUGUUUGCAUGGUGGAACAUGCGUCGAAAAUUACGACGGCACCUACAAGUGCAAUUGUCUCGAAUUCUAUAACGGAAAGAACUGUGAAGAAAUUGAUACUUGUGCUUACAACGAUAAAUGCGUGAAUGGAACCUGUAACUCGAUCGCAAAUGGUGUUGUGCCUGGUAGUACCUGCACAUGCAUUCCUGGCUAUACAGGAGUUUUCUGCGAUGAAAGUCUUGUCAAUGAAAGAUGA